AUGACGGCGCUGUGCGUCGCCUUUGGCUUCUUCUGGCUGUUGCUCACCCUCUGCCGGCGUUGGUGGCUGGCCAUCGCCACCGGCAUCGCGUCGUCGAAGAAGCAGAUGGAGAGCCAACUUGAGGAGGAGAGGGCGAAGUGGCAGAGGGAGGCAGAGAUUGCCACCGCCGCUGCCGUCGCCGCGUGUCAGGCGAAGAUGCAGCUGUUUUUCCAGAGCCAGCUCCAGGAGGAGAGGCGGAAGGCCAAGCUGUCGAUGAAGAAGGCCGUCGAGGCCUCCAAAAAGGAGGCGCUGCUCGCCUUUGGGCAGAUGUUCGGGUUCUGGGGCCUCAUGGUCUUGGUCCAGAAGGCAGGGUGGCGUUCGUGGAACUACAGCGUGCCUGCUGCCAUGCCUUUCAGGCUCACCGAUCAUGUCCCUUCCUUGGCGAAUGUCACAGAGCUCCUCUUCUUCGCCCAUCAGAGAGCGUCCAGUUUCCCGAUGGCCAGCUGGCCUAGAUUCUGUUCGAUGACGGCGCUGUGCGUCGCCUUUGGCUUCUUCUGGCUGUUGCUCACCCUCUGCCGGCGUUGGUGGCUGGCCAUCGCCACCGGCAUCGCGUCGUCGAAGAAGCAGAUGGAGAGCCAACUUGAGGAGGAGAGGGCGAAGUGGCAGAGGGAGGCAGAGAUUGCCACCGCCGCUGCCGUCGCCGCGUGUCAGGCGAAGAUGCAGCUGUUUUUCCAGAGCCAGCUCCAGGAGGAGAGGCGGAAGGCCAAGCUGUCGAUGAAGAAGGCCGUCGAGGCCUCCAAAAAGGAGGCGCUGCUCGCCUUUGGGCAGAUGGUCCGGGAGAACCGUGAGGCCAAGGACGGCAAGUGGCAGAAGAAGCUCGACGGCGUCGAGGCUAGGCUUCUGGGUCGCGUGAAGGACGAGCUUGGUGACACGCCUGCCACCAUCGCCUCCGUCCGCGCAGACGUCCUUCAGCUGACAAAGCAAGCUGCCGACAUGCCUGCUGCCAUGGAGAAGGCGGUGAUGGACGAGAUAUUCCGCUCCGGCACCGAGCAGCUGGAGAUGGGGCAGGCCAAGCUUCGUGAGGAGAUGGCCAGAUUCCAGCAGGAGACCGAGGAGGCUAUGGGGAACCUCACGGCCAAGCUGAACAACGUCAAGGAGAACACCGACGCCCUCGGAUCUGGCCUCCUGACGGUUCAGAACAUCGUCAUGAAAACUAAUGGGCGCAGGAUCAAGAAGGUCCUGUACAGGAUGGAGGAGAGAGCGGAGGAGUCCAGCAGAGUGUGGGGCGAGGGACCCAAGCUAGGCCCACACUUCGCCCAUUGGAAGGCCACCAAGAAGCAACUCAAGGAAGACGGGGGGGGCGACGACGACGAGGGCGAGGAGCAGGCGGGCGGGAACCUCCCGGGGCCGCCCCACGAGGAGGGGGAGCAGAAGGAGGAGCAGAUUGAGGAGGAGGCCGACAAACUCUCAGGGCCGCCACAUGAGGAGGGGGAGCAGAAGGAGGGGGAGGGGGAGGACCAGCGCUCACGGCCGAACGGGAAGACCAGGAGAGGAAAACGCGGGCGCAAGUCAAAGAAGGCGGUAGGAGAUGGAGAGGGAGAUGACAGCAGUGCCGCCAACGGAUCGAACGCCAUGUCCGGGGGAGGGGAGGGGGGACAGGACUUCUCCGCCGGUACCUAGAGCAGCAGCAGGGUUGAUUUUGUUUGUUAUCUUGGCAGUAAACUUGCUCUCGAAGGCGUUGAGCGGGGUGUCGGUUCAUCCGACCCUUUGCCCCGCCUCAGGUGCAGUUUACUGUCAAGCCGUGGAAUCAGAACAGUUUUACAGCUAUGGCUUUGGUCCAUCAGUGGGUUUGCUUUCGACGGAUGUGGCACGGACUACUAUGUACUUCGUAUUUGGAGGUCCUUGUUGCCUAUCCCCGAUGGUGCAUUUCCAUAAACGGCAAAAACUCGAGCCCAUGUACAACUAGAUUGUUUCCACGAUCAACGACUUUUUUUCCUGUUAGCCCGGUUUGCGUGCUACUUAUUUCGGGAAAAUCGGGCACAUGCGGUUUUUUUUGCAUCCCUCGCUUCUCGCUGAAGGGGGCUGCGGCGAGAGGAGCAUUGUGGCUCCAGCUUGCGUCUGUUCUUGAUUCGAUCUCAAGGAUUGUGGGGGGGCGUGUCUGCGGGCUCUUUCUGCCUGCCCGGUUGGUGCUGCGUUUCGUGCCGAAGCGCAGGGGUCACGUGGUGUUGGAUUCCUGUUAACUUGUGCCCAUUGGUUGUAGAAGAAGUAAACCUGGCCAUUGUACUGCCAGAACGAUAUGGUGAUUUUCUUUUCCUUCGGCCCUUGGUCGGCAGUGUGACAAGGAAAUGCAAUCUGAGUUCGUGACAUGAAACAUUCAAGGAAACA